AGUGUCAUUACCAGCCAGACACAAGCACAAGGAGGGAGGGGAGAGGCCAGAAUGGGAGCAGGAGCAGCAGCAGCAGCAGCAGGAGAAGCAGAAGGAGCAGCAGAAGGACACAAGGACACAAGCGUCUUCCGCGUAGCUCGACGCUGACACGCACAAAUCCGCAUCCGCGGCUUCUGGCCACUGCCGACGGCCCAUCACUGCCUCUCCCUUGCCCAUAUCUCGGCGACCGGCUCUAGCCAGUCUCAGAUGUAGCGAGCGACACUUGGCGGGAGACUCCCGUUGUCCUGUUCUAUAUAGCCAAGUCCAUGGUGAUCACCAAGGGCAAAAGAGUUUAUAUCCCCUAGAUACUCCUUCAGGCUCACUCGACGUUACCUGCCUCACAGCAAUUGAGGUAGAGAUGGCCGCCCAACGCUCCUCCACCGCUUCUGCCUCCUCCUCCUCCUCUUCUUUGCCACUUCAGCCCUGCGUUGACGAGUCCGCCUUCCCCACACCGGAAGACUUUGAGCAAUGGGUCGACAAGAUUUGUUGUGGUGGUAAGCUGCGUAUGCCAGGAGGCGAGACGCACAAGGGCGCCGUAGAGUGGCUGGAGUCAGAGCUCAAGAGCAUCGAGGGACUUCAAGUCACCUCGACGGAGCAUGAUUUGCGCGUUUGGGAACCAGCAAAGGGCGAGACGCUAGCAUCUUGCUCUAGUCUGGCACUUGGCUCCAAGAAGGUGCCAAUUGCUAGCACCAUUGCCUACUCUCUCCCCACUACCGUCACUGCACCCUUGGUGUACAUUCCUUCUGGCACACCACUCACAGCCGAGAAUGCCGCGGGAAAGAUUGUAGUGCGGGAUACCUCCUUCCCUCGCAUCUGGCCCUAUGCUUUCAUCUCUCUCAUUUCCUACUUCACCACACGCGAUUUGCCCUACUUUUCACGGUACAAGCGUCCAGCAACCGAUGAUCAGGCCAUCGAGGACAUGCUCGUAGGAAGCAAAAUUGGCGUCAAGGGUUACAUCGACGUCCUUGACGUGCCUAGGGAAUACAUGGAAGGACACUUCACACCUCACGAUGGUAUCUUUUACAAGUUGCCGGGAAUCUUUGUGGGUUGUGAUGAAGGAGCAGAAAUUAAGAAGGCUGCAAAAGCUGGAAAGGAAGCGACGAUUACUGUCAGGGCUGAUGUGUCCGAGUCGACGACGAAGAACCUUACCGCCACUUUGCCAGGUCAAUCGUCUGAAAGCAUCCUCUACGUCACUCACACCGAUGGCUGUUCUCACGUGCAAGAAAACGGUCCUGGCGCACUCCUCGCCCUGGCCAAAUACUUUGCCUCUGUUCCUCUCUCCUUGCGAACCCGUACAGUGCAAUUCGUCUUUAAUUCUGGGCAUCUCAACUUAGCUCGAGAGGGGAGCAAUUUCCAUUCGCAGGCACUAGGCAAGGACUUGGGAUCGGAAGUGACGCUAGUGGUGCCUAUUGAACACAUGGCCGCACGGGAGAUUGAGCAGUACUCGCGGGGCUUCUGGACUAAUGGGUGGGGCCUCAAGUACACGGGUAAAGGAGAGCUGAUGAUCUGGGCAGUGGGACCCAUGGAACCUGUGAUCAAGGCUGUGAGAGAGGCAGUGAGCCGACGCAAGCUAGACCGCGUCGUGGUGAACCGUGGAGCAUGCCUACCUCAAAGCGUGGUGGUACCGACGUACACCAGCUUUGGUGGACUGGGGACCUACUACCACACUCAGCUCCUACCAACAACUUCCAUCAUCUCUGGACCCUGGUCACUUUGGUCACCCUACUGGGGCCCUAAAGCAGUCGACUAUGCACGGAUGCGAUCACAGACACUGGCGCUUGGAGACCUCUACUUUGCUCUGCAGGACGUAAAGCGGGAAGAGAUUGUCAAGCCCUACACCGAGUAUAGGGAAGAGGUGACUUCGGGUAGGAAGAAGCAAUUUGUUCACUAUGUCCCUAAUCCGGACGUGCAAUAGUACUAGUGAGACAUGAAGAGGACAGGGAGAGGCUGUUCCUCAUCAGUCGUAGUCUUUUCUUCUGGAGGCGGGCACAGAGCAGACAGAGCUACCGGCCAUACUGUCUGCCAUAGGCCAGGCACAUUGGGGUCGGCCGCAUUGCGCUGUCUUGCUGCUGGCCUACCCCUGGGUAGUCUUCGAUGGCGUCCAAUCAGGUGGGUGGUGUGUGGGUAACAGGUAGAAAGAUUGUCGAAUAGGAUCGGUCAUGGACAUUGUCUCGACUUUACAUCAUCAUACUCCAUCAAUGUGAAUACAUGCAAUUCUCCUCCAC